AUGGAUGGCUCCAACUGCAAAGAAGGAUAUUGGCAUUUAGUGGUAGACUUGAAAUGGCUGCUGAAGCACUGGAUUUGCUGCUACAAAGCUUACUCCAAAGAAGUGAUAAGGGAGGUAGCAAAUACAGCAAAAGAGAUUAUUGAAUAUCUCUUCUCCCCGCAAUAUCCAUCAGCUGAUUGUGGAUCCAUCCACCCAACUGUCAGACUUUCCGAUCACUUGAGGGAAUUGGCUGAGGAGCUCGACUCAACCGUUGGAUAUGUGGUUGACUACUGCAAGAUCAUUUCCAACUCAGUCGACGAUGUGAGUGAUUCUCCUUCUAUUUCUUCAACAUCAAGAUCUGCUGUUGAGCUGAUUGUCAUAAAUACAAACGGGUUGAGGAGAUUAGCGGAGAAAAUAAAGUCAUGUGGCAGAGAAUUAGCAGAUGAAGAUCCCAGUGAUUCACUAUCAAUCACAACCAAAGAUGUAACUGAUUCUACUCCUGCUACAUCAAACUCAUCAUCAAGACCUGCAUCUACAACCAAAUACUUUGUGGGUGACUUUGCCAAAGAUCCGAGUGAUUCACCAUCAAUAUCUCCACCCACGACCAAUCAUGAUGUGGUUGCUGGUUUUGAUGAAGAUAUACCAAAGUUGAUGAACCGAAUAACUGACUAUUCAUCCUCUUCCUACCUACAAGUCCUCCCAAUUGUCGGAAUGGGAGGCAUUGGUAAGUCCACACUUGCUAAAUCUAUUUAUCAUAAUCCAUUCACCGUAAAGCAUUUUGAUAUUCGAGCUUGGCUCACAAUAUCACAAGAUUAUAGUGUUGAAAGUAUUCCCUCACAAUUACUAGCUUCGCUCAAUGGAAAAGUAGAUGGAGAUGGAGGGGAUUUGUUGAACGGAAUCGAGGCAGAGAAGCAUGAAAUUCACAACAUCUUCUUGAGGAAGAAGUAUCUCAUAGUAAUGGACGAUGUGUGGAGUGUGGAAGCUUGGGACUGCAUACGGUGUCUACUUCCCGACACUCAUAAUGGAAGCCGGAUCAUAUUAACCACAAGGCUAAUGGAUGUGGCGACUUAUGCUGCCAUUUCGUGGAACAUUCAUAUGAUGCGUUUCUUGGAUGACGAAGAUAGUUGGCGUCUGUUCCAACACAAGGUUUUCGGUGAUCAAGAUUGUCCUCAUGAGCUACGCAGUGUUGGGGAAAAGAUUGUAAAGGAUGUGGAGGACUGCCCCUCUCAAUUGUUACUGUGGCAGAAAUUUUAUUGAGGAUUCCUAGAUCUCCAAAGUUGUGGCAACAAUUGAAGUAAAUGAUGGGCAGUUGGGAUCAAUAUUAUCUUUAAGUUACAACCACUUGCCUCCACACUUGAUGAAGUGUUUCUUGUAUAUGGCUGCCUUCCCUCAAGAUUAUGACAUCCAUGCCUCUGAACUCAUCAAACUUUGGGUAGCUGAGGGUUUUAUUAAACAGCAAUAUGCACCUAAAAGCGAAGAAAUGGUGGCGGAGGAGUGCUUGGAGGAACUGAUAAGGCAAAGUCUAGUUUUGAUCACUAGCCGGAAAAGUGAUGGCAAAACCAAAAGUUGCAGGAUGCAUAGUGUGGUGCGGGACUUUUGUGUGAGACAAGCCGGGCGAGAGAAGUUCCUUCUUCCUGUUAUGGACUACCUCCCUACUCCUAUCUUAAGAAAACAUUUUCUUCCACAAGUCCUCCAAAAUCAUCCCCGCAUGAGUGUUAGUUGGCAUGACCUAAAUCUUAGAGACUCUACGCAUAGCUCAUGUACCACUUCUAUCAUAUGCAUCCCACAAAAAGGGUAUAGGCCCAAAUUCUCUGUACAAAACUUUAUUUCACUUAGGGUCCUUCAUGUUUUACGUAGAGAUGAUCGUUCUUAUUGGGAACUAGGUCAAGUUUUUGAAUUGAUUAAUCUCACUUACCUUGCUUCCAACAUUCCCGGAAGUAUUGUCCCUCCAUCUAUAGCAAAGCUUCGGAAUGUGCAGACUUUAAUUAUUUACAGAUAUGAUGUUCGUUUGCCUGUGGAGAUUUGGAGACUGGGGAAGUUGAGACAUCUUAUCGCCUUCUCAUUUCAACCUUUACCCCUUCCAAAAAGAGCAAUUCGUUCUCUACUCCUUCCGAAAAGAGCAACUCAUUUUCCAAAAAACUUGCAAAUGCUUUCUAUGGCAAUAGACUUUGUGUGGAGUGAAAUGAUAGUGCAUAUGAUUCCCAACAUAAAAAAGUUGGGAAUAUGUUACUCUCAAGAGAAGCUUGGUGCAGGGUAUCAUCAUCUUCUCCACAAUCUUAUACAUUUGCAUCAACUUGAGAAGCUGAAACUGAAGAUGCAUGGUUCAUUUGUGCCGAAUCACUAUUUAUUUUUCCCCAGUCCCUGAAAAAGUUAGAACUAAAUGGCGAGUGGAUUUCUUGGGGAGAUAUGAAGAUUGUUGGUUCGUUGCCUAAUCUUCAAGUGUUGAAACUAAAGAACUAUACCUGCUAUGGUCAACAAUGGGAAACCAAUGAGGGGGAAUUUGGUAAUUUGAUACAUCUGCUUAUUGAUGAAUCAAAUCUGAAGCGUUGGGAAACUACAUUUAGCCACUUUCCGGGGCUCAAGUGCCUAACACUUCAUCGUUGUCCAUACUUGGAUGAGAUUCCAUAUGGUAUUCGUUUAUUCGUUCACUGCAACUGAUUGAGGUCGAUGAUCAUAACCAAUCUCUUUUGUACUCAGCAAAUAAAAUACAAAAGGAACACUGGCAGCUUUGGAAAAAAGAAGACCUAAAAGUUGUUGCGAAGCGUUCUUGAUCCUCUUUCAGACUUGAUUGUGUGCUUCACAUCAGAUGCAGAGCUUUGAUGGGGUAGCUUAUCAGAUAUUCUACUAACGGAAGAUGCAGAAAAUGAAAGGUGCAAUGGUUAGUGAUGUUUAUUUAAGUAUGACUGGUUGAUAAACUCCUAAUACUUGUUUGCAAGCUGGUUUCUAAUAUUGUGUUAUAAAUGUUUGUUUGUAUUCAUAUUCUUGUAUCACUCUAAUACUUUCGAUAUGGAAGUUCCAGCCAAAAACUAUGACAUCUUCUCACACUGAAUAUACAAACAUGGAACACCCUCAGUUGCCACUCUCCACAGCUACCAUCUUCGGUGGUUGUGGGAAGACCUCGCUCAACGAUCUUUUCUGCGAAGAUGAAUGAUCAUUCGUCCCACUACCACGAGACCCAACUCUCUCAGCCCGCCUCAACCCUCCGAUGAUCUCCUUGCUCGUUUGGCUUGGCACAUUGGAGCUGUCCGAGGAGCUAUGAUUCCAGCUCCCAAACAACGCAGCCAUCCACGACUGCCUAGACGAGCACCUACUGAAGCUGAAAUUCUCAUCCCUGACCAUCUUAAACUGAUUCUCCAGCGCCCUCACCAAGUGCCUCACUGAAGGGUGCUACAAGGACGCCUUAGCCACCACUGCAACGGCCCACUCCUCCUUGGUCCAUAAUCUAUUCACCAUUUCCUCAUCAUAGAUGCUGAUGAAUGGUAUGUUGCUAUCUAACCAUUGUUGUGCAUCAACAUCACUCAUUCUUCUGAUCCAAGAUUCUCAAUCACCAGCUCAAGCAACACUUUCCCCAAACAAUACACAUUGUAGGCACACGUACUAGAGCAUGAACCUGCCAAAUUUUUCAAUCAAUAAUAAUUCAUCAAAUA